GACGAGUCGUCGUCAGCAAUUCCAUCUGGAUUCGCGUUCGAUUUCAUUUUUUAUUUCUGACAUUUUUGUGAAAACAAGCGCGCAAGCGGUAUUGUAAAACCGCGCGAAAGUAUUCUAUUAUCAGAAUGUUGUACAAAUUUACGCUGCUCGCGGUCGUCGCUAUAACGGCCGUGACCGCCUCAGGUUCGCCACGGAUAUUCACAAUGUGCGUUCCGGAGACGUACGCGAAAGAAUGCGCGAAGAUGAUGGAGGAUUCCACUAGCAAGGGCUACCCCAUAUCGUGUAUCUCCGGACGUGAUCGAUACGAUUGCAUCGAAAGAGUCGGCAAGAAGGAAGCAGACAUCGUCGCCGUAGAUCCCGAAGAUAUGUAUCUCGCGGCGAAAAAUAAAUUCGCCGAGAAAGCUGGAUACAGCGUGGUCGAACAGGUGAGGACAAAGGAGGAACCCGAAGCGAUAUAUCGGUACGAGGCGGUAGCCGUAAUUCACAAGGAUCUGAACAUAAACAACGUUCAGGGAUUGAGGGGUCUCAAAUCCUGUCACACCGGCGUGGGUCGUAAUGUCGGAUACAAAAUUCCCAUCACGAAGCUCACCGCGAUGGGCAUUUUGACCGACAUCAAUAAUCCCGAGUACUCCGCUCGCGAGAACGAGCUUCGCGCUUUGAGCACGUUAUUCGACAAAGGCUGCCUGGUGGGCACGUGGUCACCUGACCCAAAGAUCAAUCAGAGACUUAAGGAAACCUACAGCAACAUGUGCGCUCUUUGUGAGAAUCCGGACCGGUGCGAUUAUCCGGACAUAUUUUCUGGAUACGAAGGUGCUCUGCGCUGUCUGGCUCACAAUGGCGGCGACGUCGCUUGGACAAAGGUCAUCUACGUAAAGCGCUUCUUCGGCUUGCCGGUCGGAGUCACUCCGGCGGUACCGUCUUCCGAAAAUCCGGCUAAUUUCCGAUAUUUCUGUCCGGACGGUAGUAAAGUACCCAUCGAUGCCAACACGAAACCGUGCACAUGGGCGGCCCGACCGUGGCAGGGAUACAUGACCAACAAAGACGACGCCAACAAUGCUGAAGCUAUUCAAAGAGAGUUAACACAACUAGAUCAACUUGGCGGGAAUGAGAAGGCGGACUGGUGGAAGGAUAUCAUGCUGCUCGACGAGAAGACUUUGGCCGUUGCCGCCGAGCCGGUGUCGCCGGAGGAACACUUGAAGAGCGCGAAAUAUAUGGAUGUGAUCGAGAGAAACUCCGGCGCGCCGGAAAGGGAUGCUCGUUGGUGCGUUUGGGAUGAGAGCGCGCUGGACAAAUGUCGCAGUCUCGCCAGAGCUGCCUUCUCGAGAGACGCCAGGCCUAGAUUCGACUGCAUAUUGGAAAAGGAUAAGGACGCCUGCUUGAAAGCCGUCAGAGAUAAUGGGGCUGACAUAACUGUGAUCGACGGUGAAUCGGUGAAACUCGCGAUAAACGACUACAACGCGAUACCGAUCGUCGCCGAAGCCUAUGGCGAGGGAUCAACGAAAUUCAGCGAAAGACCAGCGGUCGCCGUUGUCAAGAGCAAUUCUCCCAUAAAUUCACUGAGUGAUCUUAGAAACAAAAAGUCUUGUCACAGCGGUCACGUCGGCGACUACGCUGGUUAUAUCGCACCGGCUCACGCUUUGAAGGAAAAGGGUCUUAUCAAUCAAUUAAACGAGAUGGAGUCCUUCUUUUCUGAAUCGUGCGCACCCGGCGCAACCCUCGGCUCGAAAUCUUGUCAGCUUUGCGUCGGCACCAUAAAGUCCGACGACGAUCAAGUGAAAGAAGCCACAAAAUGCAGACCGACAAACGCUGAAUAUUACAACGGCGGAAAAGGAGCGCUCAGGUGUUUGAAGAAUAAAGGAGACGUUGCGUUCCUGCCUCUGACAGCACUGCAACAGCUCGAUGAGGAGAAAGACGGUGCGGGUAAACGCGAAGAUUACGCUUUGCUUUGUCCUAACGGCGGUCAAGCGCCUCUCGAUCAAUGGGAGCGUUGUAAUUUAGGAUUAGAACCGCCAAGAAUAAUCGUCAGUUCGAACGGAAAAACCCCGAACGCUCUGGAAGAAUUAAAACAUGGAAUUUUGGCCGCAAGCACCUUGUAUUCCAAACACCCUGAUCUUCUACGUCUUUUCGGCGCCUGGAACGACAAACGUAACAUACUAUUCAAGGAUGACGUGAAACAACUGGUGUCUACUGACAACACGUGGAACAAAUGGAACAAUUGGGCAACUGAUCUUACUGUUUAAACGGAUUAAAAUUAUAUUGAACCUUUUGGUAUAUCGAAGAAAAAUCACCCGACUGGCCUUGAGAGAUAAACAUUUAUAUAUGUGAUAUAUAAUUUUUAUUUUUACCUCUCACACGAAGCAAUUAAUCUCGCUGUUCGAUCCAAUAUGUGUGUAUUUCAAUAAACCACUUUUAUAUUGUAAAAAAACAAAUAUACGAGUAUACAAAAUAAAUUUACCAUUGCUUUGUUGAGUCUCAGCUUAA